AUGGCGGAAGCACACCACCUCAAUCACAUUCGUCACCUAGAGAACCGAAUUGAGCAGCUAGAAGACGUGAGGAACGUCGUCACGAACAAUGACUUCUACGAGAAGCUCGCAGCCGUACAUCCCAGUCCCCAUCACCUUGAAGGCACAGCUCGGCAGUCCAACCGCACUCGCCAUAGGAGCCUUCGCGACAACCCUGACGACUCUGAGUCUGGCACUCAUGGGCUUCCGUUGCACUCAUGGGCUUCCGUUGCACUCAUGGGCUUCCGUGGUGUCGGCGUAACCAACGCCUUUAUUGGGGACUUCUUCGGCGUGGCGGGCAUCGGCAUGGUGGUGACAGCGCAGUGGGAGAUCGUACUCGGCAACAUCUACGCUUACACGGUCUUGUCUGCCUUCGGCUUCUUCUAUGCUGGGUUUGGCUUCACCAUCACGCCAUUCCUUGGGGUUGCGGCGAGCUAUGAUGGCGGAGCUUCAAGUCCAGAGUACAACAACGCAGUUGGAUUCUUCGUCUUGAGUGAGUCUUCCUCUCCUUCAUCAACACAAUGUCUGCAUGCUGACCAUGGUGAAGUGUGGGCGGUGCUCAACAUCUUUUUCCUGCUCGGCUCGCUCCCGCUCAACCUCGUGUACAUUGGCAUCUUCUUCACGGUGCAGAUGGCGUUCACGCUGGUCGCCGCGCAGUACUUCCUCAUCGCCGACGGUAAAGCAGCUACGGCGAGCGCUGUCGGGACUGCAGCAGGUGCAUUUGCUUUUGCUUCCGGGAUGCUGGGAUACUAUACCCUGGGCAAUCUCAUGUGCCAGGAGUCGUUGUUCUUCAGCUUUCCCAUGGGCGACACCAGCAGAUUCUUCAAGAAAAAGGAUCAUACGCCGAAAGAGGCUGCAGCAAAUGGAGAGUCAAAGCCAUGA